UGCAAACAUUUGCAAGACAAAAAAAUUGACUAACGUCCAAUGUGUAAACUUUUCACAGAUCUCUGUAAAGCGACCCGCCUAUCAAUAAUAGCGAUGAAUGGAGUUUUUCGUGGGCUUUUGACAUGCAAAUUUUCAGCCCAGACUUUCUACAAAGGGGAUACGAUGACCCAAGACCAGGCGUAACGGCCCAUCGACUGACCUCCUUACUGUCUAUGGACAGAAAUAUUCCAAGCUUUCAGCUACUUUGUUGCAGUCGGCUUUGGAACAUCCAGAUUUACUGAAGGAAUAAGUUUUGUUUUGAUUGCGGCAUGAGAGUUCUGGACUUGUCUUGAGCGCCAUGAGAGGGAAAAUUCAAACAGGGUGAUCGAUGCCGCGCACCGCCUCCUCGCAGCUGGACAGUCGGCGGUCGAUGUAGGUGGGCCCCUCAAAACUUUGUAGCCUGGAUCUGCCAGUCAUUUGUCUGUACUGUUAUCAGCUUCUAUGUAUUUUACUCUAAAGCAGCUGUAGGUUAUGCUGUUGACAGUUCAUCCGAGCAGAAAUAUCGGACGUGACCGUGCAGUGGACACUUCUGAAACACAGUUGCGAACAUGGCCGUAGGAGGUGUGACUUACGACCUGUUCGACUCUUUGGAGGAUUCUUUUUCCUCCGAUCUGGAGAGUUUGCCUCAAGAAUUGUUGCUGGGACUUAUCAACCAGCCCAGACAACGGAAUGGCAUCGCAGGAAACCCUCUACAAGACGAUCUGGAGGAGGACAUCGAGCUGGAAGUGGGGGCGGGACUGGACGAAGGGGGCGAGUGCCCUGUUGUUGACGGAGGAGUGCACGCCGAGUUCGUUCCGUUUUUGGAGGACUCGGAUCAUGAACUUGCGGAGGAUGUGGCCUUCCUGAGAAGACGUCUAGCUGUGAUACACCGAGACGUGCUGGACCACCCAGUCUUGAAGGAUAUGAUGAAGCAGAAUGGACCAUCUACCUCAGAUGAUGUUGAACUGUUGAGAGAGCAGCUGAAGUCCCUGGGUUCGGAGCUGGCAUCCAUCCGCUCAGCCCUCAGCAUCAAAGGAGAGGACGACACCAAAAGUCGCACCUCCAGAAUGUCUAGUCGGAGAGGUUCUCGGCGAGCGUCUGUGUGCAGCCAGUCCAGUCCAGGCCGGUUCUCCCACAUGACGGACCUGAUCCACCUGGCCGGCCCGCUGACAGAGGACGCCAUCCUCCGCACUCUGCAGUCCAGAUUCUACAGCGGGGAGUACUAUACCAACAUAGGACCUAUCACUGUGCUGGCAAACCCCUACAACUGUAGCUUUCCUGAUGUUGCACUACACGCCGACCCCCGCAGACACCAACCUCUGCACAGGGUGGCGAAGGACACUGUUAAACAGCAGCUGGAGACUGGCCACUCACAGGUCGUCAUCUUCAGUGGUGAGAAUGGCAGUGGGAAGACAUACUGCUCACAGCUACUGCUGAGACAACUGUUUGAUGUGGCAGGAGGAGGGCCUGAGACAGAUGCAUUCAAGCACCUGUCUGCAGCCUUCACUGUCUUACGCUCCAUAGGAAGUGCCAAAACUGCCACCAAUAGUGAGUCCAGUAGAAUGGGUCAUUUCAUUGAAGUGCAUGUAAUCGAUGGAGCCAUCUACAGGACCAAGAUUCACUGCUACUUUAUUGAUCAGUCCAGAGUUGUUCACCCUGCCAGACAUGAGAAGAACUUUCACAUCUUCUACCAGAUGUUAGCUGGUCUAACACCCGAGGAGAGAGUAAAACUCCACCUGCAGGGCUACUCUGCCUACAACCUGAAGUACCUGAGCUGCGGGCAGCUCCUGUGUGAUGACAUGGAAGACAGAUACAGAUUUGAGGCCUGGAGGAGCUCCCUGUCAGUGUUAGGUAUCCCGUUUGCUGAUGUGAUGAGGGUGCUGGCAGCAGUCCUCCUGCUGGGUAACAUCGAGUUUGUUGAGGGAGAUGGACUGGAACUGGAUGUGCAGGGGAAUAAUGAAAUCAAGUCAGUUGCUGCCCUGUUAGGAGUGUCGGGUGUGUCCCUGUACAGAGGCCUGACCACCAGAACACACAACGUCAGAGGACAGGUCUUCAAAUCACUGGCUGAUGCUGCAACUGCUAACCAGAUCCGGGAUGCGCUGGCCAAAGCCCUGUACUCACGAACCCUGAAUGCCAUUGUGCGCCGUGCCAACAGUGUGAGGAGACCUGCUUCCAACUCAGGAACCAACAGCAGUGACAGCAGUGAGUCAGUACAGAACGGCCACAGUGGCAUGACCAACGGUCAUCACAGCUACCGACCUCUGACCCCUGCAACAUCUAAAACGUCCCUCCACCAGUCGGCCAGGUCGGAGAGUUCCCAGCAUGCCAUGAGUGAAGGGGUCAUCGGGAUUGUCGACAUGUUUGGCUUUGAAGCAUCAGAGUCAAACCAGUUUGAGCAGCUGUGUAUGAACCUGUGUGCUGAGACCCUCCAGCAUUUCUACAGCACACAUGUCUUCAGGACCACACAACAGAGUGCCAGGGAUGAGAGUGUGUACUGUGAUGUGGAGAUAGACUGCCAGGACAACGCCCCCUGUAUCGAGCUCAUCACUUGUCAGAGAACGGGGCUGCUCAGUCUGCUGGACAAGGAGGGGGCACACACCCAGAGUGCAUCAUGGGAAGGCUAUCUCCAGAGGGUGGUUGAACAACAUAACAGUCAUGAAUGUUUCUCCCAGCCGGAGUGUGAGGGUCCGGACACCUCCAGCUUCACCAUCAGACACUUCACCGGUCCUGUCACCUACGACGCCUCCUCCCUCCUCCACACCAACAACGACACUGUCCCCGACGACAUCAUCUGUAUCUUCUCUAGAAACAACUGCAACUUUGGCUUCGUCACCCAUCUCUACUCCAAUGAGCUGAAAGUACAAGGUGGGAAUGGGCCUCAGGGCAUGACACAUCGCAUUUCACCACCGAUAUCAUCCGAAUCAAAUGGCCAACGGGAGGGCAGGAGAACCCUGUCCAGAGACUUCCAGACCAGACUGGACAAUCUGCUGAAGACCAUCGUCAUGGCCAAGCCUCACUUUGUCAGGUGUAUCAGGUCCAACAGUCAGGAGGAGCCUGAGCUGUUCACCAGGGACGUGGUGUGCAGACAGAUCAGGGCCCUGCACAUCCUGGAGACAGUCAACCUGUACGCUGGAGGCUAUCCCCACAGAAUGCGGCUGAAGACGUUCAACAACAGGUUCCGAUUCCUCGUGCCCUGGAGGAGACGAGCCAAGAUGGAGGACAUGCCGCAGGAUGAGUGCAAGCUGAUUCUGGAUGGGUUCCUCCAGGCAGUAGACAGCAGUGACCUGCCCUACACCAGUGCUAACUGGGCCAUCGGCAAGAAACACAUUUUCCUCAGUGAGGGAGCGAGGCAGCAGCUGGAGAAUGUACGGGACAUCAGGAGAGACCAGGCCGCCACCCUCAUCCAGGCCUACGUCAGGCGGAGGCUGUGUGUCAAGAAAUGGCCGUCCAUACGGAGGUCCCUGGAGCUGAGGAAAAGGGCGCGGUCCAGGUCAAGGUCACGCAGCAGAUCAAGGUCACCUCACAGUGCCAGGAAUCGGCCCCAGCCUAUCCCAGUGAUGGAGAACAACCACGACCGCUGUGAUACCAAAACUAUCCAGCAAACCUGCUGCCUGUACGGCAUGGACAUGGACUGCCCUCCCCCCGUCCCUCCCAGCCGAGGCUACACCGUCAACGGCAACAUGAAGAUGAGCUUUCCACAGAUGAGGGUGAUGAAGCAAGGCUACCCUGAAGAUGGAGGGAAGUCAGAUCGGGUGUUGCGUAAAGGUGACUCAGUGAAGGUUGUUGGAGUGUCUCCGAGGCGGGGCUACCUGAUCGUGGAGCAUUCUAACACAAAACUGCACGUACCGUACCAACUGAUGGAGCUACGAACCACCAACGGCCUGGCAAAGGCCUGCUGACACACACAUGGCCUGCAAGGAACCUUUGUAUAGAACCUACCAAUCAUACUACUACCUGGUAGUUUUAGGAAAUCCAAAUAGUGCUAGAGUACAUUGUAGACCAAAAUGUGGAAAUGUUGUUACAGUAUCAUUUUGCAUGGAUUAGUUAUUGUGCUUUAAUUAGUA